UGUGUUUCCAAAAUGGUGAGGCUGGGAGCUUUCCUUAAAGAAACAAAGCCAGGAUAUGCAUUUAGCUGAUGCUGUGAUGUGACCUUCACUUCACAGGUCAGGUCACUGGAGGGAACGUGGAAAGGGACAGCAGCUGGGAAGCAAGAAAGAAGAUGAAGAUUGCGAUCCCAUAGAGAGAAGAACUCUUGGGACAGCGGAAAACUUACGAGGGGAUUCUCAGGGGAAGGGCAAAGGUGAGGGAAAUAGCGAGGGGAUAAUGUCACACUCUGUCCAAUGUGAGGGCGCUGCGAGGUCCAGGCACCAGUGACUGGGACAGAGGUUGUGGUGACUGUGUGUGCAGAUCAAGGUGGCAGCACUGGGAAAAAACUUCUAGGGCACUGUGCCUUGGAGAACAUCAAAAUGUUAGAGACCUUUCCUUCUCUUGUCUGUGGAGACCAAAUUGGCUCCGCUGUAACCCCCUCCCUGAGCUCAUUUCCAGUAGCAUUUCCAACAUCCCUUUGUUUCAUUUUUUUCAACCUGCAGUGCUUCUCCAUAACCUGGCCUUAAAGGCAGAAAUCAUUGAGUAGAAUCCUCUGAACCUUUUUUUUUUUUUCCCCCAAAACUGGUCUCCCUGUCCCUAGAAAAGGAAAUUUGCUUAAACUGCUGCAGAACCCAGGCCAAAACCCAUCCCCCUUACACAGCAUGGGUCCUCCAACAGGAUUACAACAUCCCUCCCACCUCAGAAAUCCAAGUUCAGACUGGAGUGCUCUGUGGGGGCAGGCAAACACCCGCUGCCAAUGGGGGCAGAGGUUGUCAGCUGUGCCUCUGCAUAUCAGCUGCUGGAUGGGAAUAGAAAGCACAAUUCCUGUCCCAACCUGUCCCUAGUCCCAGCUCCCGGACGGGCACAGAGCUCUCAUGGGGCUGUGGGUGGUUCUUCUCUGUGCUUUGGUGUCGUUGCUGCUCGGUGGCCUCUAUGUCCUGGGGGUGUUUCGGAGACGGAGACCAGAUGAGCCACCCCUGGACAAAGGCACCAUUCCCUGGCUGGGCUACCUGCUGGAUUUCAGGAAGGACAGUUCAGAGUUUCUAAAAAGGAUGUGGAGGAAACAUGGGGAUGUUUUCACGGUGCUGAUCGGUGGCUAUUACUUCACCUUUGUGAUGGACCCCUUCUGCUUUGGCAGCAUCGUGAAGGAAUCACGGUCUAAACUAGACUUUAGGGCUGCUGCAACUCAGCUGGUCCUGCAGGUUUUUGGCUACAAGCCCACCGAAUCCAACCACAACAUAGCCCGUGAAUCGAGCGUGAAGCACCUGACGGGAGAGGGGCUCAGUGUCCUGACUCAAACCACCAUGGAGAACUUCCAGAAGCUGAUGCUUUUCAACCUGAGCCCAGGAGAGGAGAAGAGAGUGUGGCGGGAGGAGAACCUCUUCCACUACUGCUACAACAUCGUCUUCAGAGCCGGGUACCUGGCUCUGUACGGCUCUGAGCCACACCAGGGGGCAGGAGACAAGGAGAAAGCUGAGGAGCAAGAUCGUGUCCACUCCAACCAUCUGUUCCAGGAGUUUCGGAAGUACGACCGCCUCUUCCCUCGCCUGGCCUUCUCUCUGCUGCCUCACAAGGACAAAAGAGAAGCCGAACGGCUGAAGAGGCUCUUCUGGAGUGUGCUGUCUGUGAAGAAGGCCAGGCAGAAGGACAAUAUCAGUGGGUGGAUCAGUGAUCAAGACCAACUUCUGGCAGAGAACGGUGUCCCCGAGUACAUGCGGGAUCGUUUCAUGUUUAUGCUCCUCUGGGCAUCCCAAGGCAACACGGGCCCAACGGCCUUCUGGCUCCUCCUGUACCUGCUGAAGCAUCCAGAAGCUCUGAAGGCUGUGAGAGGUGAGGUAGAUAAAGUCUUGAGGGAGAAUGGGCAGCAAGUGAAGGCAGGGAGCCGUCCAGUUACCAUCACUAGGGACAUGUUGAACCAGGCUCCUCUUCUGGACAGUGCUCUGGAGGAGACCCUGAGGCUGGUGGCAGCCCCGCUGCUGGUCAGAGCUGUCCUGGAGGACAUCAGCUUCAAGACAAGCAGGGGGACAGAGUACACCCUCCGCAAGGGAGACAGAGUGGCUCUGUUCCCACACCUCGCUGUGCAGAUGAACCCAGAAAUUCACCACGAGCCUCACAAAUUUAAGUAUGACCGCUUCGUGAACCCAGAUGGCACCAAGAGGGAUUUCUACAAAAAUGGGAAGAAGCUGAAAUAUGUCAACAUGCCCUGGGGAGCAGGAGUAUCGACCUGUCCCGGGAGGUUCUUUGCCAGCGCCGAAAUGAAACUCUUUGUGUUCUUGAUGUUGAGCCACUAUGACCUGGAGCUGGUCAAUGAGGAAGAGGAGAUCCCAGGGAUAGACAUCAGCCGCUGGGGAUUCGGGACCAUGCAACCUAUUCACGAUGUUCGGUUCAGAUACCGGCCACGCUUUUGAUUUUGGGAAGCCCCCGUUGUGUUGUUUGUUCCGGUGUUACCUCUGGGCAAAUUGUGUGAUCCCGUGGUUAUCAGCUCCUGAUCUGAUCUUGUUUGCUUAACAUUUAUCAUGGCUUGUGUUUUUACCUCCGUCUCACGUGUUGCUGCUCUGUGUCUCCAGUUGUUGUGGUUUUGGGAUACGUGAUAAAAGAGAGACAAAAUGUGCCCUCUGGGGCUAUUCCCAGCCCCAUCCCUGUGGCCAUCAGCCUGUUGAAAACCCAGAGGAGCACAGGGGCAAAUUGACAGGUGGGAACCCAAAUUCAGGGCUUCCAAGGAACAAGUAUUUUGUCCAGGGCUGUCCCAGCAGAGCCGUCAGCCCCGUGGUCCUGGCAUGAGACCCGUGGAGAUCUGGAGGAGGAUUUCUGUCAAGGGAGGGCAGACAUCCUAUGGUGUGUAGGGGAAGAGCAUUUUGGGAUUGCACAGGACUUAAAGUAGGAUAGUUUUGGGGAGGAACCAAAGGGGGAUAAAGGAUGGAUUCAGGUGAUUUGGGGAGGAAAAUUGAGAGGUAAGGGGAUAAAAGGGGCUGGUUGUGUAUAAAUAUGCUAUACACUUCCUCCCCCUGAUUUGUUUUAGUGUCUUAUUAAAUUCCUGUCCUUAAAUUCAAGACCACAAGUCAAAGGAGCUGUGUGUCCAUGGUGCCAGCACUGGCACUGGUGUGAGAGCAGUUGUACAAGCAAAGACCAGGCCAGAUGAGCUGGAAAAUAAGUGUCUUGGGAGUGUGGGGAUGAGCUGCUGUGCACCAGCGCUGGGACUGUGUUAUUUUGUUAUCAGCUCCUCACUGACGCAUUUAUUUACUUCCACUUACAAAGUAUCACUGGCAGGAUGGCACCACCUUGUAGUGAACCCCUGAAAAAUCAGAGAGCAGCAAAUAUCCUUUCCAGAGACGUAAGAAUUUCCAUGGAGUAUUCAAAUUGUCAUGCCUGUGGUCCCCUUCUAGUAUCUGAUGAGAUCCCCAAAGGGAGCAGAGCUGGGAUGUGCUGAGCAAGGACAUACCAACAACUCCUUCCCAUUUCAUGUGUAAGAAAAGGUCAGAUCUUGCCAAUCAUCUCAUUUACCAGAUCAGGGGGAAAAGAGCGUUGUGAACAUCACUCAGAACCUGCAGGACCAUUUUCAUGUGCUUAUGUGGCUUAGGAAUGCAGGUGGUCACCUGCCUUUCCAGGUCUGCAGGAGGCUGAGCAUUCAAGACAUCCCCACUCUCCCAGUUUAGACCCCAUCCUCUGCAAAUACCCAAGGAGAUUGUAAGGAAAAGGAUGGAGUGAUGGGAAGGGGCUCAAAAACCUAAGUGGGGCAUGAGAAAACAACCUCAAUCCCUUAUGGGCUACAGCCACUGCGACCUUAUAGACCUCGAACAUCUGUUUUAUCUGCUGGAUCAAUGCAAGAUAAAAAUUUGCCCCCCUACAAACUCUGCUUUGCUUUGUUCCCCUUCAAUAAUUAGGGUAAAUUAUUAGUCCUUACAGAUGGUAAAUCCCAGCCUUUGCUGUACAGAGAACAGUGGAUUGACUUUAAUGCUGACACUAACCUUGGACUUUGGAGAUCAUGUACGAUCAAGGAAUGAAACUCAAACAUUUUCACAGAUGUCCAAACAUCAGAGGCAGAUCCUGGGUUGUUCUGCAAAGGGCAGGGGGAUGUUGUAACUGCACGUUGAGGGCAAACUAUCCCAGCGUGCCAGACUGGGCAUUAGCCCAGACCUUGUGGUGUGGAAAUUCAGGCAGAAACUAUCAAGCAGAUUUGGCGGAACCAAGGAAAACCAAAACCACCUGUAACUGCACAAGGCUUGACUGUGACAGUUAAUAUUCCCAUUAUCAAUUCCAGCACCUUUUCACAAUUUUCAUGUUGGCUCUCACCUCUUUUUUUUUGUCACCCCUGGGCUCGUUUGGCUCUGCUACCAAGAAUUAAAUUUGAGCUCUUCCCAAGUUCUGGUCAAUUCAAGCUCCAAACCAUGCCCUGGAAUGCCUUAGGAUAGCUGGAGAGCUCAGAGCCGUCAUCACAUCCUGGCCAAGUGAUGUCCUCACUCCAAGGCUUUAGGAAAAGGAUUUUCUGUGUGGAUGGUUUGCAUGGAGCUUGUUUUCCCUGCUGAUACACAGUGUACAUUGGUUAUUAUUUGUAGGGACCCCAGGUCAGAGUGAGGGUGAAAGACUGGGCUUGGGAAAGGGAUAUAAAAAUAAUGACAGUCAUUCAGCAGAAAAAUCUGGCUUUACUUGUUUGUCAGAAUGGUUUAUUUAACCAAACAGUAUUGAGUCUAUAAAAGACUUCAGACAUGCUCAAAUGCAUGCAGUUGUGAGAAGCAAAAAAAAAAAAAAAAGUCAUAUAUGGAAGAGUGUGAAAGCUCCAAAUGAGUUAAUCUGCAAUUAACUUUUAUGCUUGGGUGGGUUCUCCCCUGGCACUGAGCUUUCCAUCCCAAAGUGCAACAGCAAGAGUAAAAAACCAGCCUGUGCCAACAAAAACCUGACUGGAUUUGUAAGAGAAGUUAAAUUGGAAAAAAUCCAGGAAUAAAUUUGAAAA